CGCAGUGCGCGCGCUCCGUAACAGUGCGGCAGGAAAACCGCAGCAAAGCGAGGAAAGACCGAGAUUCAACAGAAGGGGAAAGAGGGAACAUUCCCAGGAAAAAAAUAUGAGAAUAAAUAACACAGGCUUCUCUCAGACGAAGAAAGUCUCCUCGGAACAUGAGACCCGAUUGUCGGCUUAAAAUGGAAAGCAACAUCUCUCAAUUUCGCUCCGCAGUUAUGAAAAUAGUAAAAAUAUCCCUAACAGGCUAACGGCAAUGUCAGGGAAUGGAUGAAAACUACCAGAAGACUGCCGCAGUUGCCCGGUUUUGAUCACUGGAUCGACCGCGUCGGACAUCUCCUGAGACAAAAACGCCUGUAGGCUUUUAAAAAUGAUGCUUUACGCCGUGUUCAUCUGGACAUCGUCAAAUAUUUCGGAGCGUUAAAAACGGGAAAAAAGUCAUAGUGGUGCAUUAAAUUCCGGAGCAGCCAUGUCACCCGCUACCGUCUGAUUGUAGUUAAUCAUCCGCUUCGGCUCCUGAAGGUGCGAAUAUGGGCGACGUGGGCAGCGCCAAGGAAAUUAAAAAGACUUUCAUCGUUCCGGCUAUAAAAGCCUUUGAGCAUUACGAUUUCACUCGGGCUAAGAUCUGCUGUAGCCUGACAUGGCUUAUGGCCAAAGCCUUCGGGACGGAUAGCGUCCCCACCGAUCUGAGGGAGCCCUUCUACAGGGACCAGUACGAGCAGGAGCACAUCAAGCCGCCCGUGGUGAGCCUGCUGCUGUCGGCGGAGCCGUACUGCCGGGCCGGCAGCCUCAUCCUGAAGAGCGACGCCGCCAAGCCGCUGCUGGGCCACGACGCCGUCAUCCGCGCGCUCGCCCAGAAGGGCCUCUACGUCACCGACCAGGAGCGGCUGGUCACCGAGCGCGACCUGCAAAAGAGACCCAUCCAGAUGAGCUCCCACCUGGCUAUGAUCGACACCUUGAUGAUGGCCUACACCGUGGAGAUGGUCAGUGUGGAGAAGCUGCUGUCCUGUGUACAGAAGUAUUCCCCCUGCUACCCCGACGGCGACGUGCCCUACGACACGGAGGAGGCUGUGGCGACCUGGAUCAAUAAGGUCAAUGAGAACUUGAGAGACAUCAUCACUCAGGAGCAGAAGCUGAGAGAGCUGUCCUGUGCCGACAAAGACCAGGCUGAGGACUCGCCGGCUCGGUACAGGAAAGAACAGACGAUAUCCAGACAAGCCCCAUGUCUCCCCCUGGUGGACAACCUGCUGAAGGACACUGCAGAUGGCUGUGCCAUAGCUGCACUCCUCCACUUCUACUGCCCGGAUCUUGUGAAGCUGGAAGACAUAUGCCUGAAGGAGACCAUGUCAUUGGCGGACAGUUUGUUCAACCUCCAGCUGAUUCAGGACUUCUGUGGGGAUAACCUGGACCGAUGCUGCCACUUCACCCUCGAAGACAUGGUCUACGCCUCCUCAUCCAUUAAGAACAACUACCUGGUGUUCAUGGCAGAGCUGUUCUGGUGGUUCGAAGUUGUGAAGCCCUCGUUUGUUCGGCCCCAGAUGCUGCGCACUGAAGCGCUAGAACCAUCGUCUUUGAGAGGAAUACCCUCAGUGCCCAUCUCUAAUGCCAGCAACAGAAGCUUUAUGGAGAAUCCCCCACUUCCAGAACACCCAAGCCUGCCUCUUAGGGUCCAGCCUCAGACUUCCACUUCAGGUAUAAUAAAACGAUCAACCUCAUUGUCUUACAUGGAUGGCUGUGUGGGCACGUGGCCUAAGGAAAAACGAUCAUCUGCACAUGGGAUAUCUUUUGACAUUCCUUUUGAUAAGGAGGACACUGUAAAGAGCUCCACAAUCUCCAACCGAGGCAUGACCAGGUCCAUCAGCACAGAUGGGCUGGGCUUCAAAGUGAAUCAUGUGUCCAAGAAUAUGAAGAGGAAUCUCUCCUUCCAACCUGUGAAUGGGCAGAGUGAGAGAGAAGGCAUUGAGGAGGAGGAACCUCCAGUGAACCUAGUAGGUACCAACACUGAACGACAGCCUGAAAGGUCUCUACCCAAGAAUAACAAGGGAUUAUUGAAUGGCCAAGUCUCAGAUGAUCAUGGGAACCUUCCCAUGCCGAGCAUGGAGGAGGCCCUGAAGAUCAUCCAUGAUUCUGAAAGGCCACAAGGCAGCAUUCAGGGAGAGGCUGUAGAUAAUGGGUUUUUUCUUCAUGGCCUUGAGACGGGGGAUUUGUGCCCCAAAGCGCGAGGUGCUGAAGCAGACACAGACUCAGUUUCAACGGAGGUGGACACGGGAAUCCAUGUACGCACCGAAGACAUCCAAGAGACCCUGGAUGAGGACUCAUCCUUGAAGGACUACACAGUGAGCUUGGACUCAGACAUGGACCACGAUUUUGAGCUCAGGGUCAGUAAGGCUCGAGAGAUGACGAGCCCUUGCCCCAGUUCAAUGAGUGCGAGGUCCCAUGCCGAUAGUACUGCCUCCUCUAGCUCUGGUGUCAAGAUGACCAGCUUUGCUGAGCAGAAGUUUAAAAAGCUGAACCAUGUGGAGGGACGGAGCACCAGCAGCAGCUCCCCCAAGACCACCCCCGAAAGCUCUGAGCUUAAUAUCCCACACAUGGUGGGAUGGGCUCCGAUGGCUCAGGAGAGUCCCAUCCGUCAGUCUCCCCGAGACCCUACGCAAAUGCUAGCCUCAGAAAUGGUCCAUCUGAAGAUGAAACUGGAGGAGAAACGGAGGGCCAUUGAAGCACAGAAGAAGAAAGUAGAAGAGGCUUUUACUAGACACAGGCAGAAGAUGGGCAGGACAGCCUUCCUGAAUGUGGUGAGGAAGAAAGGGGGUGCCACCUCGCCACUCAAGGAUGAAGCAGGGGCUGGCGAGGGUAACUCAUCAUUUGGUGAUCACCAGUCCAACAAACCACCUGCUAAUGGCAGCCAACAGCCUGUGAAGGGUAAACUGGAGGGUGAAGACACGGACCGAAGCCAGGUCACGUGGAUGAAGUCCUCCAGCGACGAGAGCGCCAGCGAGGUGGAUAUGGCAGAGUACACCAAGUCCAUUGAGAAGCUGAAUGCCUCACUUAACUUCUUGCAAGUAGAGAUGCAGAGACUGGCCCAGCAACAGGAGGUCAUCAUGCAGAUGAGGGAUCAGCAGUCGUGGGUCAUCUCCCCACCCCAACCUUCUCCACAGAAACAAGUGCAAGAUCUCCGCCAUUCCACUCGCUCCGCGGGGUCUAUGUCUCCUGUGCUGUCUUCUGCUGGGUCUCCUCGACCUGCCCACCGCUCUCCAGCAGCCAUAAAGAGGAAAUCGGCAUCGUUUCACUCCAGGACCCCCAGGACCCCUCGGCCGAGUGAGCUGAGAAUCACCCCCUUCAAUCGGAUGCUCAAUACCCCGCAGUCGGUCGACAGCCUCCCCAGACUGCGAAAGUUCUCUCCUAGCCAGACCCAGACCACCUCCUACACGUACUUAGGUCACGACUCCAGGCCCACGAGAGGCCCAGACCCCAAGCCUGAAGAAAGCACACAAAGCACCAAAAAUGGACAGCCGGCAGCGGAGACACCAGCGCAGGCGACCAUAGCUGUGGAUCCAGCUCCUGCCCCAACCAAAGAAACAAAGCAGAAAGAGCAGGACCGAAGGGCAGUGGUGGAUCUCAGAGAAGGGAGCAAACCCAGGGAAUCCAAAGUGUCUGAGGUGUUAACCCAACCCGUUACAGAGACCUUCACUGUCAUACCAUCUGCAAAUCCCACCGGAGCCACUGGUCCCACUGCCAAGAACUUGAUAGAGGUGCCACUGUCUGUUUUGAAACCACUGGAAGGCCAGGGACUAGAAAAGGAUGAAAGUGGAGCUGGCGAAGAGGUUUCCAAAGAAGAACAGAAAACGUGCUGCGGCUUCUUUUUCAAGGAUGACAUGAAGGGCGAGGAAGACAUUGCUCUGAAGAGAGCAGCGUUGCUGGAGAAGAGGCUAAGGAGAGAGAGGGAAACUCAGCAGAAGAAGCAGCAGCAGGAGGCCGAGCAGGAGCAGAGGAAGGAAAUGACAAGAAUGAAAGCGGAAGAGGAGAGGCAGAAGAAGGAGGAUGAGAAGGCGCGCAAGGAGUUUAUAAAGCAGGAGUAUCUCAGGAGGAAACAGCUUAAGCUGAUGGAGGACAUGGACAGUGUAAUUAAACCCCGCCCCCUCAGUGCCAAGCAGAAGAAGCCCCGCCCCAAAUCCAUACACAGAGACGUUAUGGAGUCUUCCAAGCCUAGUGCCAAGGCUACUGCAGGUUCACGGCCUCGUGUUCAUUCAGUCUCAAGUCUGUCUCUGGCUUCCCUCAAUCUCAGGGACAGUGAAAGCCUACAGUCUGAGAGGGUCCUCCCCAGUAGGCUAGCUUCUGUCAGCUUCUCCUACUUUCUGAGCUCUCCUAAAGUGAAAAAAGGAAGACCAGACUCGGCAGACGGAUGUCUUUCCCCCUGCCGCUCAGGAAGCCGAAACGGAGAGAAGGACUGGGAGAAUGGCUCUACCACGUCAUCGGUAGCUUCCAACACAGAGUACACAGGACCAAAGCUGUACAAGGAACCCAGUGCCAAGUCUAAUAAGCAUAUUAUCCAGAACGCCCUGGCCCACUGCUGCUUGGCUGGGAAGGUGAAUGAAGGUCAAAAGAACAAAAUAUUAGAGGAGAUGGAGAAAUCAGAAGCCAACAACUUCCUGAUCCUUUUUCGAGAUUCGGGUUGCCAGUUUCGAUCCGUGUACACGUACUUCCCCGAGACGGAGGAGAUCACCAAGCUGGCAGGCAUUGGACCAAAGACCAUCACCCAUAAGAUGAUCGAGGGCCUGUACAAGUACAACUCUGACCGGAAGCAGUUCAGUCAUAUCCCUGCCAAAACCAUGUCUGCCAGCGUUGAUGCUGUCACCAUCUACAGCCAUCUGUGGCAAACCAAAAAACCAGGAACUCCCAAGAAAGUUCUCUCGACAAAGUCUUAGUGGAACUUAACAAGGUUUUUUGUUUUUUUUUUUUAAAUUGGGACACUCCCAAUCAACACCAUGCCAUACUGUACAUAUCCUUUUGGAUUAGGCACAAUUCCAUUUUUCUGACAAACACACACCUCUUCUUGCUUACAUUUCCUCAUUUAUUUUUGUAUUUUUUUCUCAGCCGAAACAGAACUCUGAUGUGGUCAUGCACAACUGGAACGUACAUCACCAUUAGGUAUCAAAUAAAAAUUACUAAGGUGUUCAACACACCCAACCAUGGACAACUGGGUGAUUUUAAUAAAGUCUUGAAUGUGUGCAUGUGUGCAGUUCUCUGUGUGCUGAAAAGAAAGGGAGUGAGUGUCACAUGAUCUUGUACACAGAAGCACUGAAUGUUAUUUGUCUGUGUAGGUAAAAUUUUCAUACGUUAACAUUUGUGGCCUUAUGCUUGUUUUGAUUCGUACUUGACAGCAGCCAGGCAUUUGUGAGCUUAUCUCAUUUGUAUGCUUUCCUGUAUGCUGGCUUCUGAUUUUGUGAUUGUCGCGCGAAAUUUCAAUAUAAACAAUCAGUUGAGACUGUGUGCGGAAGCAAAGUGGAAAUGGCGCCUUCCAUUGGUAUUUGGAAACAUUGCCUUUACGCAGAAUGGUAAAUUACUACUGAAAUACAACCAAUUUGCUGGAAACUGGCAACAGACUUUGAUUAAUUUAUUUUUACUAUAGGAAACAUUGCCUCUACAUUGUAUAUGCUUCAAUAGCGACAAGUGGUUCAGUGACUGUAUAUAGAACAUUUUGUAUUCCAGGCAAAUAGUUGAGCUAGAUCUUGUCCUUGACCAACCUAAGAUAACUGUAAAAAAUUUGAAAAUACUUAGAAUAUACUGUUCUGAACACAUUCAUUGUAUUUACCGAUCAAUGUAACAGAAAAUAAGUUUAGAAUAAAAGAUACAAAAAUAUAGUUUAAAAGGUUUGUAACAUGUUUGGAUCAGAUAUAGAUUCAAAUCAAUGUACUGUAUAUACAGGCAAAUCUUGAAUUAGACUAUGUGACCUAGUUUGAAAUUGUAAAUAGCUUUAAAACAAGUGAUUCAUGGGUACCACAGAAACAUUGUGUUUAAUUAGUGACUCACUUGCUUAAUCCUGUAAAUCAAAGUACAGAUUUGUGGGGCUGAACAUAAUAUCACUUGUUAACUAUUGGUAAAAUAUAUAUUUCUGCUAUCGAUGCUUUCAUUUGAGCUGUGUAGAUUAAUAUUGAAAUAUGAAGUAUUCUAUUUGGCUUUUAACCAUGACAUUGUUUUAUUUAUAUACCAUUGGUGUCCUUUUUAUAGCAUGGUCUUUUCAAAUAAAUUUAUAACAACAAGAUUCAGUGGGAUGUGGGUAAUCUGUGCUCUGCACUGUGUAUGUUUGGAAAAGACUGCAAAUAACUUACCUUUUACUUAAGAUUAUUUGAAUCCAGGCCCAUUCUGGAUUUUGAUUUGUGCAUCAUAAUGUGCAUUUUAGUUUAAAUGAACAGUUUCUUUAUGUAGUUAUAUGUACAUAAUUGGUAACAAAAAAACAAUAUAUAUGACAGUUGCCUUUUUUUUAUAUAAUUGGUCAAAGAUUAUUCAUAUUACUUGCAUGGACAUGAUGUACUUGUAACCGAAAAACUACAAAUUAUGGGGAACCUGUUUUUGUACUUAAAAAUCUAAAUUAAACAAGUAUAGAGAAUAAUCAAAUUGAUCAAAUACUAUAUACGGUCAUAUCAGCAUAAUUCACAAUCUGAUUUUUAAUUGGAAAAUGACUUCAAAUAUCCUGUUACAAAUUAUGGCUGAAGAUUUCAUUGUAUGUAUUGCACUACAUAUUUUAAAUCAUAGAUUAAAUAAAUACAUUGUAUUUCUAAUCUAUUAGAUACAAAAAUACACUUUUACAAAGUUUUAAAGUAAAUCUAGAGAAAAGCUGCAUGUUAUGUAAAAGACCUUUUUGCCAUAACAAAUUAAUCCAGAAUUUUCAGAACCUCAUUGUAGUUGGCGUAGGGAAAAAUUACUGUUGUGCAUCUCAGAGUUUUGUGUUACAGAAAUUCAAAUGGUUAACUGGUGUAUGGUAACAUUCCUCCGCAUUAUGCCUAUACAACAUGCAAAAACAAGCCAUGCUUGUGCUCAGAUUCUCCCUGAUGACUGUUCCUGUGUAAACACGCUUGUAUCUGCUUUGGUUCCAUGCACCUUGCACUGAACAGGUGCCCCUUCAGAAACAGUGUCACAAAUAUACCGCAAUAGAUGCAUUUGUUUGUGCCAUUAGUCCAGCAAAAUGAAAAAUAACAGGUAUAUCUAUAUAUGUUAAUGUAUAUGACAUUAAAUGAUAAUUAUCAAAAGUUAUUUGUCAAUUGAUAUUUCCAACCCAAAAUUAACCCCUUUUAUAAGGUGUUGAGGUUGCAACAGAUGGAUCAGAAAUGACAGUUUAUACAAAUUGUUUAUUUUGUUAUUUUAAAAAAAUAAAUGUUCCUUUUUGCAGGUCUGUUACAAAUGCAUUUCUGGCAAAAAUCAGAAAGAAAAUGAUGCCUUUGACGUUUCAUUGUAUGAAAGAGGUUUGACUUAUGGUCUUAUUUGGCUGUUUAAAGCCAAGAUGAAUAGCUAGCAAUUGUAAAUGGAUGCUGUUGAGUAUCGUUCUGUGUAACGUCCUGUUUUGCCAUAAAAAUAUAAUAUUCUACAGCCCCCGUGCAGUAACCUGUUAACAUAUUGCUCAAGUCAUGUGUGUUUUUCUUUUGACUUGAAUAAAAACAAGCAUGGCCUCCA